GGAUCUUUGGUUGUCGGCUGCAAGAUUACUGGGUAAUCUGGUUUUAGAUCCUUUUCUUUUGAACCUGAUUUUCAGAACUGUUGUUGUAUCUUUCUGAUUGAAAACUAUUUGAAAGUGUUUUGUUUAGCACACUUUAUUAGUUUUAUAAACAUUCGAUCACAAAAAUAAAUAUAACAGACCCAAAGUCAGGGCUCACUUGAAAGAUGUUAACAUGGUAUGGUAUAGACAUCCAAUAAGUGCAGAAGGUUGAAAACAGAUGAGAUCUCACCAAGUGGACAUGUCAAGUCUUUGUGCAUUUCAUUUGAUGAUUGCUCAGAAAUAGCUGCAAAACCAAACAAGUCUAAAAGAAACACUGAUAAUUGUAUUCUUGGUUAUGAUGGUGGUAUACUAAGUUACAUUGCUGCCUCAAUGGUGAACUCUCCAGGAAUGGGAGUUUUUGGCUUGUUGGGCACAACAGACACACCGGCAGAAACUCUUUGUGUCUUCAUUAUCUAAAAUUCUGUUUUGUUAUUUUGAUUCAGGGCUACAAUAAGGCACAGAAUAAAUACAGUAAAAAAAUCCUUUUCAUUUUUUUAGCUAUCAUUAUGAUGUUACUUUAAUUGUAAAAAUGUAAAUGGUGCUUCUGCCAUUAAAAACCUUUAAAUCGAUGAUUUCAAAUGUGACAUCUAGUCAUCUUGUUAACUGAUAUGGCAUCACUGAAAAAAUAUGUUGCAAAAUUAGGCAGAUUUACAGUGUGUUCUAGUGGGUUAAUAUAUACAAUAAUGCUAAGAAAAAGCUAUUUGUGGUGAAGUGGAAAAUGCAGUAUUGCUAUCAAUAUUAAGUUAGUGCUGGGGCACUGAUUAUCCCCCAGCUAUUUAAAUAACAAUAAAUAAAUAUGACUGCUAUUGGGUCAGCAAUGUAAUUCAGUUACUAGAGUAUUAGACUGUUCUACCAAGUAUUUAUGUAUGUAUUUUUGGUAUGUUUGCAUUUUUGCUGGAAUUGUAUAAUUCAAGACAAGCAAGUAAGAAUUUAAUUGUACUAUGCGCACAUGAUAAUAAACGUGAACCUGAAUAUAACCAGUUAUCAGUCAGUCAUUUUUCAACCUGCUAUAUCCUAACACAGGGUCACAGGGGUCUGCUGGAGUCAAUCCCAGCCAGCACAGUGGGCAAGGCAGGAACAAAUCCCGGGCAGGGUGCCAGCCUACUGCAGUGAAUAUAACCAGUCUUGUGGUAAAUUGCAAAACCAUAAUAUAAGCAGCUAUGUCCCUUUUCUUUCAAUGCCGGCGAACUGCAUAUCUGAAACCUUAAAAUUUUAAAACUGUAAAUUAUAAGAAAAAUCAGUUUUUAGAAUGCAUAAUAAUCUAGCAGUCCCACAUGUUGAACUGUCAAUUUCAAAUUGGUCUCGUGUGGGUGUAGCUAAGAGAGUAAAAUUGGCCCAUAUGAGGCUGGCAUCCCAUCCUGGGUUGGUUAGUACCUUGCAUCCAAUGUUGUUUAGUGGCUCUAGUUGCCUAUGAUUUUAAACUGGAUUAAGUAGAUUUCAGAAUGCUUAUUUGUUGUACUGUAAGUCUGUAUGGUAUCGCUGCCUCACUGCAACAAUAUCACAUUCCAUGACAGGGUUUGUAACAUAUAAUGUAUAAACAUGUUAACGAAAAGCAUGUGUUCCUUUUCGUAUUUCAAAUGCAUAGUGGAGGAUUGCUGCUAUUAGUAUGUUUUUCUGAAUGUGUCUGUAUUUGGCUGCCUUAGGAUGUGUUUGACUCCCAGCACUACCUCCUGCUGCUUUACCAGACCUCGUUGGACUAUUUUCUGUAACAUAACUAGUGACAUAAAACACUUUUGUCAUACUUUGGUCAAGCCAGGAAACCAAAUAUGCUAUGCCAGCUUCUCCUCACAGUAUCUUCACUCUUCACAGAGUGUUACUUUUCUGAAUAUGCUGUUUGCUGACAUAUGGGCUUUCUGCAUACACUUGAAACACACCUGUCUUGUCUUAUUUUUUAUAGUAUCAUAUCUGCUUAUUUGAUGCAUGAAAAAAAUCUUAAUACAGUAAAAUGGAAACCACUUUGUUUUUAAUGUGAAAAAUGUAUUUAACCUGCCUAGAAUUGUGUAAUGUUUACCCGUAAAAAAAUGUAUUUUGUAUCAUUGGAAUUAUGUAAUCAUAUAAAACAAUAUAAAAUGUACAUGUAUAUGUACAAUAUAAAAUUAAUGACGGAUAGAAACGUACUGCAGAUGAGAAGCUGGUAGAAAACAGAAUUUAGAUGAGAAAAAAAAAAAAACAAAGCUCAUAAAGAUAUCAUUCCUUCAGCUAUGACCAGCCAAAACAUUUGUCAACAUAACUGGAAACACUACUUACUUUAAAUAUUUAUAGGUCAGUCAGUCCUACAGUUAGCAUGCUGCAUGUUAAACAGUUUAAUACAGCUGAAUGAUGAGGAGCACUUGGCACUGAGGCCGCAUCUUCUGCUCUGAAGAUGCUGCAUUGAGCUGAAGAGGCUGAGUGCAGAGGAGUGACGUGAGCACUAGAAGCCUUUCUUCACGUGUCCCUAUACAUGCGCCACUACACGAGGAGGAAAACAACGAAGAAUCGUGUGCUCUCCCAUUUCUAGUUUUAUCUACCAGCUGUUCGUAAAUAAUCUCUGUGUGCAGCACGGCUAAAAUUAAAGCUAGUGUAAUAAACGUAUGACUGGUAUAGUGCAGCGAGCAUUAUAAUAUAAUAAUAUAAUAUAAUAGUCGGACGAUUCGAUGAAGAUCGCUGUCCAUCCCCUUAAGAAGCCGCCGUAUUCCUUCCUCCCCGUUCCGUUCUUCUUCUGUCAUCCUUUUCGUGUUUUCUUUCCUCUUAUUCGCCCAACGCACGUCCAAUCUCUUACUCACUGUUCACCAUAUCCCUCUUCACAUCCUGCAAUUUCUCAAUAGGUUGCUUUUUCAAUCAGUCCCUCUUCAUCCCGUUAACUCUUUUGCACCUUCCCCCUUUCUUUCCCGAUUGCUUCCUUUAUCCUGCACCUUGAUCUCAGUUCUCCAGUCCAGCUCUGGCUCUCUCCCUACCUGUGUUUUUCCCUCUCCCCUUCACCCCCUCCAUUCUUGACCCCUCCCUCCCUUCUUCUCUCUCGUUCUCUCUAGGCUGCUUUUGCUUUCUCGCCCCAAGCCUUAUGGAUGAGGUUCACGUCGGCGAUGACUUCAGCAGCUGCCGUUUCUCUGCAUUUUCCGCGGAAGACAAGCACCAGCAGAUGCAGCGUAAGGGGAGAGCUAUUUGAUGUAGAAGACCAAGCCCAGCCUCCGACCAUGGAGGUACAAAGUGCCAAACAUCAUUGCAAAAAAUCAAAAAACAAAGAAUAUUGGUAACCUUGUGAACUGCAAAUGGGAAAUAUAUCUGCUUUGUGAGCUGUUUGUGGGACAUCAUGAAUCUUACCAAUAAGACUCCUGACCUGGCGGAUGAGAAUCUACCUGAGCCGUUUAAUGGUACACUGGGCUUGCUUUCUCCAAAUGGAACUUUCAUUCACACUUCAACUUUAGUUAUGUGCACCUUUUUACUGGUGAUCAUAUUUUGCUUGGGAUCUUAUGGGAAUUUAAUUGUCUUUCUUUCAUUUUUUGACCCAGCCUUUAGAAAACUACGGACUAACUUUGACUUUAUGAUCUUGAACUUGUCUUUCUGCGACCUCUUCAUCUGCUGUGUUACAGCCCCAAUGUUUGCAUUUGUACUGUUUUUUGACACAGGCAGCAGUGUCUCAAAGGAGUUUUGUUUUACCUUCCACUUGACAAGUUCUGGAUUUAUAAUAAUGUCACUUAAAACGGUGGCCGUUAUUGCACUUCAUCGGCUCCGCAUGGUGCUUGGCCAGCAACCGAAUCGGACAGCAUCUUUUCCAUGUACUUUAAUGCUCACCAUUCUUCUUUGGACUACAAGUUUCACACUGGCUACCUUGGUGACUAUGAGGACUUACCCUUGGAAGUCCAAGGCAUGUUUGCCACACUUUGGACUGAUUAGUGGAGAUGGUAAAAUUAUACUUUAUCUGUACCUCAUUGACUUUGCAUUUUGUGUAGGGAUUGUCUCUGUAUCAUAUGUCAUGAUCGCACAAGCAUUAAGGAAGAAUGCCCAGGUUCGGAAAUGUCCAAUUAUUACAGUGCAUGCCUCCAGCCCUCAGCCUCUCAUUGCUACCGGCUUUGAUGGUGUACAAUGCACAGUCCCGGCAUUGUAUAGAAACCAGAAUUACAACAAGCUGCAGCAUGUGCAGACACACCCGUAUACCAAAAAAAUGAGCCAGAUGCCAGUUGUGGGGGGGAAGUUUCAGCUUGUGUCUUCUGUUAACCUUGCAACAGCUAAGGACUCCAAAGCUGUAGUCACAUGUGUUGUCAUUGUGUUAUCAGUGUUGCUAUGCUGCCUGCCAAUGGCUAUCUCCCUAAUUCAGGAUGUUUUGUCUCCAGAGAGCAGCUUCAUUCUGUACCAGUUUGAGUUCUGUGGAUUUACGCUGAUUUUCCUUAAAUCAGGCAUAAACCCUUUUAUCUACUCACGUAACAGUGCUGGACUUAGAAGAAGAGUUCUUUGGUGCAUUCAGUAUGUUGCACUUGGUUUUCUCUGCUGCAAACAGAAGACCAGACUUAGGGCUAUCGGUAAAGGCAGUUUAGAGGUAAACAGAAACAAAUCCUCUCACCAUGAAACAAACUCGGCUUAUAUGCUCUCUCCCAAGCCACAGAGAAAGCUAGUUGACCAAGCUUGUGGUCCGAGCCUUUCCAAGGAGAGCGUGCUCAGCCCCAAAGCAACAGGUGGACACCAGCCCCUAGCUCAGAGCAGCUCCACACCUAUUAACACCCGCAUUGAACCAUAUUACAGUAUUUAUAACAGCAGCCCCUCACAAGGAGUGAGCUCCCCAAACAGCCUACAGCCUGUCAAUUCUACUUUUGGGUUUGCCAAAUCAUAUGUUGCCAUGCACUACCAUACAAAGAAGGACUUGAUUCAAGACUUUGAAAGCCCUUCAUCCAAGCAAAUCCCAGUUCCCUCUGUUUAAUGGGGUAGCCAUGUGGAGGCAAGAGUUGCUGUUUCUGUUAGUACUUGUAUAGUUUUAUUUACCAGAAUGAAUGUAUUAAUGUACAGCAUAAUGACAGGUUUUAUUGAAAACAAACAAUAAGCAAAAAAAUAUAUGAGGGAUGACUGCCAGAAGUAUAUUUUUACAUUAAUAUUGCAUAUUUCAUUAUAACCUCUGUAUAUUUUAAUGGCAUCAGAUUUUGCUGUCAUUUUCUUCACUAAGACUGUAUAUGUGGAUUUGCCAUAUUUCUUUUUUACCAAUUAAAUGUAUU